AUGGGUAUCCUUCUUGUGGAUUCGUAUGACUCGUUCACUUUUAGUCUCGAAAAUCUGCUCGAAACGGCCACCGGAAUCAAAGUGUUCACUAUAAGAAACGACUCGUUCUCUUUACCGAAAGACAAAAAGCUUUUGGAUGAUAUCCUAGAUUCGGUUCAAGCUGUUGUGAUUGGUCCUGGACCUGGCUCUCCUCAGAAUCCCGAUGACGUCGGUAUUAUUCCAUACAUAUUCGAGAAGAAGGACUUGCCUAUUCUUGGAAUUUGCCUUGGUUUUCAAUGCCUUUCUUUGAAAUAUGGAUGCACUAUGAAAUACUUGAAUGAUCCUGUUCAUGGUCAAGUGCAUGCAAUUCAUCUGUGCACUCCGAUAGAUGCUCUCUUCGAAUCUAUACCCGAUGACUUCAAAAGCGUCAGAUACCAUUCUAUAUAUAUUGAUGGAGCAUUUGACACAGAUGUAGUUCCUCUAGCGUUCUCUAGUGAUUGCGAUUCUGCCAAGAAACCAAUACUGAUGGCUGCAAAACACAAAAAAUUCCCUCAUUAUGGUGUUCAGUAUCAUCCUGAAUCAAUCUGCUCGGAAUAUGGUGAUCAACUAAUCAAGAACUUCUGGAAAAUAGCUCAAACUGUCAGACCAGAAGCUUCUUCUGACCAUAAUUCAAUUCCCAGGGCUAUAUCUUAUCAGCCACUUAUACCUAGAGUGGACAAUAUUAACAAUAGGUUUCUCUACCAAUAUAAAAAGUUGAACGUCUCUUUAGACACCAUAACUAUCUGCGAUAACCUGAGCCCGGAUUUCCUUUUAUUGAACAGUGCUGCCAAUCCCGGAAAUUGGUCUAUCAUUGGAAUCCCAAUCAAAGAAAUGUCUGAUGUACUAACCCAUUCUACAGAAAACCCCAGCAUCCUGAGGACUUCCACAUGGGGAAACAAGGAUUUCGAGGAAACCUGUUUGACACACAAUGAAUCAAUAUGGACCUAUUUGUCGAGCUACAUGGCAGAGAGAUUUUUUAAACCUUGCAUUGAUGAUAGUUCCUUAAGGAAAUGUCCAUUUGUAGGAGGCCUUGUUGGGUUCUUAUCUUACGAAGAAGGAAAAUACGUGAACAUAAACCGUCUAAAGAAGAUCACAGAGAGUGAUAUUCCAGACACUAAAAUGUGCUUCAUAGAGAGAUUUAUUGCCAUUGAACGCGAGACACAGCAUUGCUAUGUGGUUAGUAUUAGACCUGAUGAUAGAAAAUGGAUAGAGGCCACUUCCCAUGUGCUGGAAUCGGUUACCAGUACUUUAAUACAACCAAAGAUGAUUGAGAAAAUCAGAAUUGAGUUGCCAAUCAAACAGACAUACUUUCGUAAGUUUGCGGCCUGCCAGAAGUAUCUUAGAUCCGGUGAUUCGUAUGAACUCUGCCUAACUACUACCACUAAAGUGCACAUUGCCAGAAAAGAUCUUUCGUAUUGGAAACUAUACAAGAAUAUGAUAUUGAAGAAUGCCUCACCUUAUUCUGUUUUUAUGGACUUUGGCGAUGCACAGGUUCUUUCCACAUCCCCAGAGAGAUUCAUUUAUUGGGAUCAUAAAAGAUGCCAAAUGAGGCCUAUUAAAGGUACAGUGAAAAAGACCGAGAAGACAGGAUACGCAAGUGCAUGUCAGGAGUUACUUAUUCCGAAGGAGAUGGGUGAAAACCUCAUGAUAGUGGAUUUAAUACGGCACGAUUUGUACACACUUUUGAAAGAUGUGAAGGUUUCCAAACUUAUGGGAGUUGAGGAGUAUCAGACUGUCUAUCAGCUAGUUUCGGUGAUUGAAGGAGACCUUGAAAGUUCUCCGUACCGAGGAAUUGAUCUUCUUCAUCUAGCUCUUCCUCCGGGUUCCAUGACAGGAGCUCCUAAAAAGCGGUCAGUUGAAUUGCUUCAAGAGAUUGAGGACGAUAACAGAAGAGGAAUAUACUCAGGAGUUGUUGGCUAUUGGUCUGUUAACGAUACUGCUGAUUGGAGUGUCAUUAUUAGAACAUUGUACAGUUAUAAGGAUGACCUAGAAGAUACAAAGGACACAAAAUGUAUGCGUUGUGGAGCUGGUGGAGCAAUUACAGUUCUGAGCACUGCUGAAGGGGAAUGGAAAGAGAUGAACAUCAAAAUGGACAGCACACUACAAGUAUUUGACUAA